AUGACUCAGUUCAAGUUCCGACUGCCGCGUCAACCGUUUCUGCAUGGAAAGUUUGUCGACUCCCAUCGUAAGGACAGACAUGAGCUCACUUCAGCCACUGAUGGAUCUCAAGUGAUGACUGAUCUACAAUGGGCCGCUUUGGAGGAUGUAGAACUCGCUGUGGAUUCCGCAGAAAAAGGCUUAAAAGAUUGGCAAGCGCUCUCACCUGAAAAACGUCGUAGCUAUUUGCUUCGAUACGCGGAUUUAAUUGAAUCUCAUGCUGAGGAACUAGCAUACCUCGAGGUCAUUGUUACAGGAAAGCCAAUGGUUCUUGCUUCUGGCUAUGAGGUUCCUCAACUUGCAAACAUACUACGGUAUUACGCAGGAUACACAGACAAACUGAGCGGUGAGAGCUACCCAUUAGGAGAUGGACUUGUUAAAAUGGUCGUUCAUGAGCCCCUUGGGGUUUGCGCCGCCAUAACAGCUUUCAACAGUCCUAUGAUUCUUUUUGCCUUGAAGGUGGCACCGGCGCUCGCCUCAGGGAACGUAAUGAUUAUCAAGGGUAGCGAGUUUAACUCUUUAUCAUCGCUGCGUCUGGCAGAACUCGCCACAGAAGCAGGGUUACCGAAUGGCGCCAUCAACGUCUUGAUCGGCGGCGCAGAUGUGGGAAAUGCCCUCGCUACUAACAAGCGUAUUCGAAAGAUUAGUUUCACGGGUAGUGUCGCUACUGGUAAGAAGGUUCAGAUUGCAGCGACAGAGUCCAACUUAAAGCGGGUGACUCUGGAACUGGGAGGCAAGUCACCGGUCGUCAUUUUCCGAGACGCCAACUUGAACAAUGCCGCCCGUGCUGCCUCUAACUUUCUAGCAUUUAAUGGCCAGGGUUGCAUCUUAGGGACGCGCAUACUUGUUCAAGAGGAGAUAUCCGACCCCUUCCUACAGGCUUUGAAGCAGCUGAUCCAAGAGCAUGCCAAAACAUUAGGCUCGGAUCCCAUGGAGCUCUCCACGCUAUCGUGCCCCCUAUUUCAUUUACAACAGCACACAAGAGUUGCUGAAUUUCUUGAUUUGGGGAAACAGGAGGCCGAAGUACUCGUUGGGGGCUCAGUAUGCCAACGCCCGGGUCUGUAUGUGGAGCCUACUGUCUUCGUCAAUCCCAAGCCAGGUGCGAGGAUCCUGCAUGAGGAAAUCUUUGGGCCGGUAGCAGUUGUCCAGACAUUCAAGACAGAGUCUGAAGCGAUCGAAAUGGCAAAUAAUACGGAAUAUGGGCUUGGAGCUUUCAUACACACCAAUGAUAUCAGCCGGGCGCUUCGAGUAGCAUCCAAGAUUCAGUCGGGCACGGUUGCAAUCAAUACUUCUGAGAAUAUGAGCCCCCAAAUGCCAUUUGGAGGGAAUAAGAUCAGUGGCUUGGGCCGCGAGAACGCAAGAUAUGCGCUGAUGGCCUAUACAGAGCCGAAAUCAAUUUUCAUCAGGUACUUAUAA